UUAAUAAUGAAUUAAUAAUUUUUCGGUAAUUCAAGAUUGGCAAUACAAAGAGCUUAAUAACUUCAUUAAUUCUUCACUUAGUCAGUGAUAUAUGAUCAAUUUAAAUAUACAGCAAAAAUGCCUUAAUAUCCAAAAAUUGUAUUUUUGUAAUCAAAUUCAUUCAUCAGAAAUUUAGUAGAGAAGUAUAUUGAUUGUUAAAUAGUAGAUAAUUUGUUUAAUAUUCAAUAAUAGAUGGAUAGAAAUCAAGUGGAGAAGUAAAAUUUUAUUCUAUAAAAAGGAUGGUGUGGCAAGAUUAGCAGAAUAAGUAUAAUUAUAAUCAACAUAAUCAAAUGGUGCAUUAUUAUUUGGAUAUCCAAACACAACGGCAGAAGCAGAACGGUAUUUUUAAAAAUAAAUAAAAAUAAUUUUAGUCUAGAUAGAUUAUUAGAUGGAAUAAAUUUAGCAAUUAGAUUCAAACUAUCAGAAUCAUUAGCUUAAAAAAUUGCAGGAUCAUUUUUAUCAUGUUAAUCAUGUGGCAAAAUUUUCAAUACUAGUUUACCAUUUAUAACACCCACUCAUCCAGGAUAUUUAAAUAAUGUAUAUAUUACAUAAAUUUUAGUGUUAAACACCUAGUAAAUGUGCAUUAGAAUCUAGUUCAUCUCCAACUGAUUAAGUUAAUGCUGAAGUUGUUAAUUAUUAUCAAUAGAAAGUAUAAUUUUAUUUAAUUAUUAAAAAAGGGGGCUUAUCUUGAAUAUGAAAUCAAUGAAGAACAUUUGUAGUAUGAUUCUUAAGAGUUUUUCGAAAAAUUAGAUAAUGCUGUAGCAACACAUAUCAAAGUUUGAUAUUUUUAAGAUAUUAAAAUAUUAAAAUAUCAU